AUGGCGUCGUCUCUCUUCUCCCUCGAGGGCCACACGGCCGUCGUCACCGGCUGCACGCGCGGCAUCGGCCAGGCCGUGGCCGUGGGGCUCGCCGAGGCCGGCGCGGACCUCAUCCUCGUCCAGAGAGACACGUCCAACACGGCCACCAAGGAGGCCGUCGAGCGGCUCGGGCGCAAGGCCUCCAUCUACACGGCCGACAUGGGCUCGCGCGAGCAGGUCGCGGCGCUGACGCCCAAGAUCCUCGCCGACGGGCACCAGGUGCGCAUCCUGGUGACGUGCGCGGGCAUCCAGCGGCGGCACAAGUGCGAGGUGUUUCCGGACUCUGACUUUGACGAGGUCAUGCAAGUCAACCUCAACGCCGUCUUCACCCUCUGUCGCGACCUCGGCGCGCACAUGCUCUCGCUCGACCCCUCCCCCGCGACGGGCCGGCGCGGCAGCAUCAUCAACUUCGCGUCGCUGCUGACCUUCCAGGGCGGGCUGACGGUGCCCGCGUACGCGGCCUCCAAGGGCGCCGUCGGGCAGCUGACCAAGUCGUUUGCCAACGAGUGGACGUCGCGCGGCGUCACCGUCAACGCCAUCGCGCCGGGCUACAUCGAGACGGAGAUGAACACGGCGCUGCUCAACGACCCGGAGCGCCUGGCCAGCAUCAGCGCGCGCAUCCCCGCCGCGCGGUGGGGCAGCCCCGACGACUUCAAGGGCACGGCCGUGUACCUCGCCAGCAGGGCGAGCGGGUACGUGAGCGGGCACACGCUGGUCGUGGACGGCGGCUGGAUGGGGAGGUGA